CUCUUUAUUGACACUGGAACUUAGUUUGCUCACAAACGUCAAACGCCGUUGCAGCGUGUGGGUGAGCAAAAACAACGAAUGGGUGUACCCCCUCCCUGACCGCGUGUGCCCUGCUCUAGCUCUCUCUCGGACCAAAAUAUGCUCGAGCCAAUAAUACCCGAAAAAGACAAACCACGGCGAAGUAGUGCGGGCCGAGAUUUGGGAAUGUCUAUCCAAAAGGAAAACCACCGUGUUUCGUGGUUUUGGUAGUGUGCGGCACGUGUUCCUUAGUGAAGCUUUCCAGAAAAGCAGCAUUUGGGCCACAUUUCAUUCAUCUGGUGGACAUUCUUCGUGGGAUUGCCCAAAGUCUUCACCUUCACGCAAGGGUGUUUUGAGCAAGCAAGCAUUCCACCGUGCUACGGAGGUGUCGUGGGCUGUGUGUUGGAUCGUCGCUCCCGGUGCAAUACGAUUUGCUGCCCCGUGCGGUGGUGUAAUUAGUAUUGUCUUGUCAUCCGGGCAUUUCCGGCCGGCACUAACACCCAGUAGUGCACCCAGUGUGUCGGUGUGGGUGGCUGCAGGCAUGGUGCAUUGAAUAAGGUGCGCUGCACUUUUGCCACCUGCCACGAGCGAACGAGAUCCACCCAUCUUCACCGUCUUCUCCCACUUCUCCACGAUUUGGUGUGGAUCGGUGUGACGACGAAAGCACUCGUGCGUGAAAGUGGGUCAACGCUCUCCGGAGGUUGCUGGGACAGCACACUUGUCUUGCCUUGUCUUGUCCGCCGUCUAGAGGGCGCGGACCCCGCCGGACAGAGCAGUUGCUGACUGGGCACGAACCGGCGAAGAUGUCGGUCGAUCUGCAGAAGCACCGGGAUGCCAUCGUCGCGGCGUGGAAGUCGGUUUGCGACCGGAAGUGUGCCACCAACUGGGCCCUGUUCGGGUACGAGGGCCAGACGAACGUGCUGAAGGUGCAGGAGACGGGCGAGGACGGGAUUUCGGAGCUGGCGGCCGAGCUGAACUCGGGCAAAAUUCAGUACGCCUUCCUGCGGGUGGACAACAGCGAAACGGGCAUCGCAAAGUUUGUGUUCAUCAACUGGCAGGGUGAAGGUGCACCGAUUGCCAGGAAGGGAACGUGUGCGAAACACGUGCGGGAUGUAACGAACCUGCUGCACGGUGCCCACAUUACGGUGCACGCGACCAACGAGGAUGACGUGGAGGAGGCACGCAUACUGGAGAAGCUGCAGAAGGUGGUGGUGAACGACUUCAAAGUAAAGGAUUACUCACAAGCGAUCGAUUCACCCAAACCGGUGGGCACGAAUUACAGCCGAGUCAAUCCCACCAAGGAGAUCAAUCCGGCCGAACGGGAUGAGUUUUGGCGCAAGGAGGAAGAGGAGGAGAAGCAUCGCUUGCAGGCGGAGUACGAGCGUAAGCUUAAUGAAACAGUAUUGCUAGAGGAGGAACGACGCAAACGAGAGGAGCGAGAGUUUGAAAAGCGCGAAGGUGCGGCAACAGCCGCUGCCAGCGUCUCGUCGGCUUCGCCCGUCUCCUCCGACCGCAGCUACGCCCGCCAGGCGUCCGACCAGAGCAAAACGGAGCGCGAGCGGGAAAUUAAACAGGUGGUCGAGGCGAGCGCGAAGGUGAGCAGCGCCAAGGCACGCUUCCUGAACAGCACCGCCCAGCUAAGCCCGACGCACAUUCAGGCCGAGGUGGCGCAGGAGCUAACCGAACCACCGUUCUCGCCGACGGCAUCUUUCGAAGAACGCAGUAUUAUCAACGAGCUCAAGGCGGAGCUGGAAAGCGAGCGCCAAAAUGGGACCGACACGCCCCCGGCGCUGGCGGCGGAAGAGGAACCACCGGCGGUGGUGGUGCCGGCCGGCGAACCCGUCCUGUCGCCGGAAGAGGUGCCGGAGGUGGCCGCCGGCCAGUACUUUGACCCGAACGCAACGAUCGACCUGUCGGACGAGGACAACAUGAUACGGGCGCGGGCACUGUACGACUACCAGGCGGCGGACGAUUCGGAGAUCAGCUUCGAUCCGGACGACAUCAUCACGCACAUCGAUCAGAUCGACGAGGGCUGGUGGCAGGGCCUGGCCCCGGACGGCACGUACGGCCUGUUCCCGGCGAACUACGUCGAGCUCAUUUAAAGCAUUUUAUUUCGCGUGUCUCUGCCACGCGUGCUUAGCGAUAGCGCGCGCACACUCCAUGUCGUUAUUAUUAUAUUGGUUAUAGGCAAAAGCAAGCGCGC